CUGGCGUUGGACCUAGACCCGGACCUUGACCUAGACCCGGACCUUGACCUAGACCCGGACCUUGACCUAGACCCGGACCUGGACCUGGACCCGGACCGGGAGUGGGAUUUGACCCAGCUGCGGAAUCCAGACAGCAUCCACUGCGUCUACCACCCCAGGAAGUCCACCGGGGAGGUCUUCUUCAACGUUCGCCUCUCCACAAACAUCAUCCACGUCUGUAUCGCUUUCUGCGUCAGUAUUUCCAAGCUCCGUUUCAUCAUCUUCUCAAUUCCCUCUCCCAAAUACGUUUACAUCAAAUCUGCCAUCCUCGUCCACCGCGCCAUCAAUGACUUCAUCAUCGCUGUCAUCUAUUCUCCCAUCAACGGCGUCUUCCGCAGAGUCUGUGACCCCAAUAUCGACAUUGUCUUCGUCUUCUCCCACAUCAACAUCACCUUCACCUUCGCCUUCAAUGACUCCGUCCACGACGUCGACAACAUCAUCUGUCAUCCUAUCGACAUCAUCUUCUUCAACACUCACAUCUACGUCGUCUUCAGUAUCCUCUUCCACCCAGACGACAGUGACUUCUUCUACUUCAUCUAUAUCCGCAAGCAGUAG